CGAAGGGUGCGCGCUUAUACCUGUGGGCCGCCCAAUUAUAAUUACUACCAUAGUUCUGGUCUCUUCACGGUGUGGCUUCGAAGAGGUUUCGAUUUCAGUAGGUAGUACGGCUUCACAAACUUGACCAUCAGAUGGACUAGUAAUAUUUAGGUAGCAGUGCGAUUUCAAGCAAGCCCUUCCUCGAGCGCAAAAAAUCCCUGGUCCGGUUCGGUCAGUCGCGUGUUUUGAGCGUGGAUGCGAAUUUUAUUGCCACACACUGCCAGGCCAGCUGAACAUAAACGUUUCGGUAUUUGUUGGUCGUCGCAGAGAGUUUGUGACCUGGUGUAGAAAUAACUCGUUGCAUAAACUAGAAUUACCCGAUCGAUCGAUGCAGUAAACGAAAAAACAAAAACCGAUUGGCCGACGUCGUCAUCAGAGCGUCAAUUGUCAGUCAUUCGGUAACCAGCGUCGUGGAAAAAGGAAAAACAAACGUGCGUGCGUUCAACAUCCUACACAAAAAGUGGUGUUAGAAAAAAAAAAACUGCCAAAUUAGACACGCUAUCGGCACCCGGAACAACCGCAACCAACCAAGAUGAUGGAAGGUAUCCAAAGUGGGGUGGUCAAGUGCGGUGGAUAUCGGUACGAUGACGGAACUCGCUACAUCGGCGAUUGGAACCAUCGGGGCCAAAAGCACGGCAUGGGUUCCAUGAUGUUUUCCGACGGGACCCGCUACGAUGGUGCCUUUAGCAAUGGGGUCUGUUCCGGGUUAGGAGUAAUGUGUUUCCCAGAUGGUGCCAAAUACGAGGGCGAAUUCAUGCAAGGCUGGUUCCACGGACACGGAGUCUUCUGGCGUUCAGAUGGUAUGAAGUACGAAGGCGAAUUCAGGGGAGGUCGUAUUUGGGGUCUGGGACUAAUCACGUUCAGCGAUCAGAGCCAUGGAUUUCCCCGCAACGAAGGCUUUUUCCAAGAUUGCCGACUAGUGCGAAAAAAGCGUUGCCCCGAAGUAAUCCAGCGGGCUCAGAAGGUAGCGCUGAUGGCAAGGGCACAGUGUGAUCAAGGAAACUAAUGUCGUUUCUUUUUCUUGUGGUUAACGAUUAUUGCCAUAGUAAACAUAUGUACAACGAAUGCAAUCGGAUGUGAAAUGCUAGAAGUUAUUUUAGUUUGUAAAUGUUACUUUUUAUUUCGUCAAAGCUGUUGUAGACCAAAAAUAAGAAAUAAAACAUCAAUAAAUUCUUAGCGAUGACGUCUUUUAAA